GGAAAAGCAUCUUGCCCCCUUGUACGCAUGUGCACACCUCUUCCCGAGCACUGCCUCCCUGAGUCCUGCCCUAGUCAUCCUAUUGGUCCAGCAUCUUCCGGACUGUUCUGAGUGUUCUAUUGGACAAGCCUGUCAGCAGCGUCAGAAAUUGCAGCCAAUGAGUAUCUAUCUGCAGCCAUCAGCCCCGCCUCGUGACCAGGCUUGCCUGGUAUAAAAGCGCCUGCCAGUGGGGUGGGGUUGUUCAGGUCCUUUCCCACAGAGCACUGUUUAGGAGUUGUUGCUUGCUGGGCGGAAGCUAUGGACCGGAGCUCCCCCUCCCCCACUUCUGCUUCCGCUUCUUCUGUUUCCUCUUCCUCAUCCUCUUCCUUGUGCCCGCCCUCACCCCUUCUCCAGAACUGCCCACAGGCAGAGCACCAAGCGCCUGGGUUCCCCGCCAGGCCUUUCACCAUCGAGGACUUUGACAUCGGCUGCCCUCUGGGCAAGGGCAAGUUCGGUAGUGUGUACCUGGCACGGCUCAAGCAGAGCCAUUUCAUCGUGGCCCUGAAGGUCCUGUUCAAGUCCCAGGUGGAGAAGGAAGGCAUGGAGCACCAGCUGCGCAGGGAGGUGGAGAUCCAGGCGCACCUGCAUCACCCCAAUAUCUUGCGCCUGUACAACUACUUCCAUGAUGCCCGCCGGGUUUACCUGAUUGUGGAGUACGCGCCGCGGGGGGAGCUGUACAAGGAGCUGCUCAGAAGCCGCACCCUGGAUGAGCAGCGCACAGCCACGAUAGUAGAGGAGUUGGCGGAUGCCCUGACCUACUGCCAUGCCAAGAAGGUCAUCCACAGGGACAUCAAGCCGGAGAACCUGCUGCUCGGGUUCCAGGGCGAGGUGAAGAUCGCAGACUUCGGCUGGUCUGUGCACACCCUGUCUCUGAGGAGGAAGACCAUGUGCGGGACUAUGGACUACCUGCCCCCAGAGAUCGUCAUGGGAAGCACUUAUGACGAGAAGGUGGACCUGUGGUGUGUUGGGGUGCUGUGCUACGAGCUGCUGGUGGGAAGCCCGCCCUUCGAGAGCCCCUCUCACAGCGAGACCUACAGGCGCAUCCUCAAGGUGGACAUGAGAUUCCCCCUCUCGAUGCCAGCAGGGGCCCAGGACCUGAUCUCCAGGCUUCUGAGGUUCCAGCCCAUGGAGCGGCUGCCCCUGAGCCAGGUGGCAGUGCACCCCUGGGUGAAAGCCCACUCCCGGAGGGUGCUGCCGCCCUGACCCAGGCUGCUCUGGCCCUAAGGGUGUUCAGAGCCCUGCUGCCACCUCACCUGGACUUUGUGUUUCUUUUAAGACAAGAGAUGUUAAUAAAAACAGAAUCACUUAGCACAGUUUGUAUGUCAGGACUAUCACCAACAGGAAGGUUUGUCCUGGCCUCCAAAGUGCUUCUGUGAUGCUCCCCUUCCAGAUGUUCCCAGGGUUCCAUGUGGUAUUGCUCCCCAUGCCACACUCUGCUCCUGCAUCCAUGUGAAUAGUCAAGACUCCAGCUGCGAAUGCUUCUGCCCAAUAAGCCAUCGUUCUCACCAGGGCUUCCCUUGGCUGAAUCCCUUUCUUCAGUGUUUCCCUUCAGCACAGCGUCUGACAUCGUGGAGUUGGGCCUUGUCCUUGCCCUCUCUCACUCGGGAAGGCAGGGACUCCCUUACCUCUGCCUCUCCAGGAGGAAGACCAUGUGCGAGACUGUGGACUAUCUGCCCCCAGAGAUCAUCAGGGAGAUCUUCCAGUACCAGAGACUGAAGCCAGGCACUGUGCCCCCUCCUCAGCCCCCAACCCCUUUGGCUUUGAGUUGUGCCGAGUUACUCAGGCCUGCACCCUCCUGUCUCAGCCCCUGAGGAGUGCUGGAAUCACAGGCCUACCAUGAUGCCUGGCUACCGUCUCCUCUUGGUUACACAAGCCCAGCAGUUACAGGGUUGGUUCCUGUGUCCAGACCAAUAAUAUAAAUAACUUAAACAAGGGCCUAGCAUGUACAGGCCCUGGAAUCAGUCUCCAGCACUGAAGACAAAGAUUAGAGAAGGAAAAUAAUAGUAACAGAUUAGCCACUGCACUCAGAUGAACUACUUCCCCAACCCAUCUGUGUUAUACUUUGCAGGACGCUGGUUCAUAGUUUUGGUUUGGUUUUUUUAUUUUUUUGAGACAGGGUCUCGCUAUAUAGUGCAGGCUGGCUUUGAAUUCACUGAUGUUGCACAGGUUGAAUUGGAGCUCACAGCAACCUUCCUGCCUCGGCCUCUAUAGUUUUUAACCUACACCUUCAGUGCUUACAUUUGUUUUGUAGCUUUAUCCUACCCAUUUUCUUGAGUUUGUUUCAACUAAACACUUGAUAGUUCCUAACAAAUUAAGUUACUCAUAGAUACAAAUCCUGAAAAUUACCUGACUGAAAAGGUAGAUAAACUCUUCUGAAUGGACAAAUUUUGAGCAAGGGCAUAGGGUCAGAAAAAUCAGGCCUCAGCAGUGACUACCAGACUGCUUCCCGUUACUGUACCAAAUACCUGCAGUCAUCAGUUUAAGAGGGGAAAGGUUUAGCUGGGCACAGUGGUACAGAACCUUGAACUCUGCAACUAGCAGCAGAGGCCUGGGGCUCAGAAGUUGGGGCCUGGUAAAUUUAGUGAGAUAGGUCUCCAAAAAUGUUUUUAAAAACUCAGAUGCAGCUAAGUAGUGGAGCACUUGUCUAGCAGGGGUUGAGUUCCAGCAACUAAA